AUGAAAGCAUUUGCUUGUAUAAUAUUAUUUGAUGUUGUUUUAAAGAACUCAUAUUCAUGGGAAUUAUACGAAAAAUUUAACUUGUUUUUGAAAAAUGAAGAAACAGUAGGAAAACAUUGCAAUAAUAUUACUAAUUCUGGACCUCAUAGGUUUGGACUAAUAGAUUUGUGCAAUGAAGUUCGAAAAUAUUUAAAUAAUAAUUAUAAUAAUUUAUGUUUGCAUUUUAUAUACUGGUUGUAUGAUAAAAUACAUAGAUGGAAAAAUAGUUCUAUAAGGGUUUCAAAAAAUUCCUCUAAUAAAGAGACAUAUAAGGCAUUACAGAUUAUUAUAGAAGCAUUAAAAAAAAAUUCACAUCCAUAUUUUUAUUAUGAUGAAAAUGAAUUAAAGGAAUGGAAUGAGGAAAAACUUUUGCAUGAUUAUAUCAUGAAUUUUGAUAGUGUUGUAAUAAAUUAUUGUUCCAAAGGUAAUAAUAAAAAUAGAUUGUUCGAAAAUUAUAUUAACCUCCUAAAAACUAUAUAUCCAGAACAUAAAAAGUAUUGUUGCCCUUGGAUGUCCAAUAGAUGUUUAAAAUAUUUUUCAUGUGAUGAGAUGUAUAAUCCAGAUAACUUUUUUUCACAGUUAACAUGCAAUGGAGAUAGUUCGCAUGAUAUAAAGGUUAAUAAUAAAUAUGAUUGGAUUUAUAAAGGGGAGCACAAAUAUUUUAGGUGUAAAGAAAUAGAAAAGGAUAAUGAAACUACAUUUAAUUCAUGUUCUAUAUUUCCAUCUAAGUUAACCGCUAAUAAUGAUAUUUCUCAGAGACAAGGCAAGAAUAAAAUUGGGGGGUAUAGAAGUUCUGAAAGAGGAAUUAAUAUAUUAAUGCAAGUUACAGAACAAUCAACACAAAAUAAAGAAGUUUGUGAAAGUCACAUGGUGAAAUAUAAUUCAGGUAAAUGCAGAGAACCGGAUGUGCGUGAAACUGGAACUAUUGGAUUUAAAGCCUUUAAUACGGAUGCCAAAAAAAUGAUUAGCUUUUUACUAAGAAAAAACUCUGGUAUUGCAAUGGAUAGUAAAUUUACGCACAUUGGUGUCUCAGCCCUUUUGAUAAUAGGAGUCUUUUCAAUUUUAUUUAUUUAUUAUAAAUUAACACCCGUUGGGUCUAUAAUACGUAAUAGAAUAUUUCAGAAAGGAAAGGGAAUAAAUAAUGAUAGUGAUCACGUUGGCGCCUAUGCUAUGGGUAAUGUUAAAUCUGAAGUUCAAAAAAAAACAUCGACCCCUGCACCUAAAAGUGCAAAUGUAAAUAAUCAAAGAAGACGAACACACAUUGCAUAUCAUCCUUGA